AUGUCGGCUGUUAUGGGGUUCUCAUUUCCUUGGGGAUGCAUGUCCGAGGAGCCGCAGCCCCAGCGGCGAAGGAUUGACCGGUCCAUGAUUGGUGCGCCCACCAACUUUGUGCACGCGGGCCACAUUGGCUCGGGCGACUCGCCACAGAUGGGCCAGGUGAAGGAACAGAUGUCAUCCAAGGGCGAUGCGCAGGCAACGCCGUCCGCGCCAACAUCAACAGACACAUCAGCAGAGGAAUCGACGUCCAGCGUCAUUGCAAACGCCCUCUCGCUCGAGGAGGCGCAAAAACAGUUUGGUGCCAAGCGGGCGGAGUCCUCUGAGCAGUCACCCGAGCAACCCUCGGAACAGCCCAACCAACAGCAACCCGAAGACCAGCAGCCCGACCAACAGCAGCCCAAGGACCAGCAACCCAAUGAACAGCAGCCGUCGGAACACGAAGACGCAGAGGAGUCGUCGUGA